AUCGAGAUCUUGUUCGGCAACGAAGAAUACGUCUUAUUGAUGGUGAAACGGAUAAUGCUUCCUUCUCACGUGAAAGACUUGUACUUGGUGAUCGUCGAGUACGAACGUGGGGAAAAUAUCCUAUGCGCAAGACCGAAAGAGUCGUACUAAUCUUUUAUCAAAUAAAAUUAUGUUUGAGUAUGGUAUUCGAGAUAAAAGAUUCAACAUUUCCAAAGUCUUCGGGAACAACGUCUAACUUUGCUCCUAAUAAGCCUAAACUACUGUAUGAAAUUCAGCCAACAACUUUGGAUUAUCUUGAAAAUCCUCAUUGA